UUUAAUAUAUAUUUUUGUAAAUAUAUGAUAAAUGUCUGUGUUCAACUCGGAUUUAUUUCAGGGGAAAUUCUGGUCUUUCUUUAAAAGGAGUGAGAAUCCUGAAAAUGAACUCAAAAAUCUCACAAAAUACGAGAAAAUCCUAGAUUCGGAAAAACAAGCACUAGAAGGAAACAUAAGACAGUCGUUAAAUAAAUCGGCUUUAAAGGCUUUUGAGUUCUCAGAGUCGUAUGCUGAGUGCUACGACCAGUGUGCCUCAAACGCACUAAGAACAACACUCAAAAACGCCUCCCUGGAUUCUUUGCUGCCAGACGAAGUUAAAUCAGGCACAUCUAAAGAUCUUUUGACAGUUCAAGAUAACCCUGCAGAAAAAUCAUUAAAGGAGCUGGCAGGUCAAGUGAUUGACCAGAACUUGUUCGAGCCACCAAGGCCAAAUCCAGAGUUCUUCGUUAAACAAAAGUUGGAUAAAACGCUGAGAGAAACUGUUCGCAAUUCUGAGCUGAAAUGUGAAACACACUGCGCAAAAAAGUUUUACAACACAUUUUUUGAAUAA